UUUCCGGGACGGGGUCAUAUUUGAGCCCUUGUGUUGGGGACUUGUGGGCUGCUGCGUCGCUGUCCACCCCUUGUCCUCGCCGCAGUUCCCCCUCGUUUUCACCCUCCCUACUCUUGCGUGGGUCCCCUUCCGCCCUUCGUCGCUCGGGCUCUCCGCGCUGUCGUCGGGAGGAAAGAUGAAUGGGCGGUCUGAUUUUCGAGAGCCGAAUGCAGAAGUUCCAAGACCAAUUCCCCAUAUAGGCGCUGAUUACAUUCCAACAGAAGAAGAAAGAAGAGUCUUCGCAGAAUGCAAUGAUGAAAGCUUCUGGUUCAGAUCUGUACCUUUGGCUGCAACGAGCAUGCUGAUCACACAAGGACUAAUUAGUAAAGGAAUCCUUUCAAGUCACCCCAAGUAUGGUUCCAUUCCUAAACUUAUAUUUGCUUGUAUCAUGGGAUACUUUGCUGGUAAGCUUUCUUACGUGAAAACCUGCCAAGAGAAGUUCAAGAAUCUUGAGAACUCCCCUCUUGGAGAAGCUCUGAGAUCAGGACAACCACGGCGACCAUCACCUGCUGGGCACUAUUCUCAAAAGUCAAAGUAUGACUCAAGUGUGAGCAGUCAGUCAUCUUUUGGGUCAUCCCCAGCAGCAGACAACUUUGAAAAAGAGACGCUGCCUCGUUAUGAGCCAAUUCCAUUCAGUGCUUCUAUGAAUGAAUCUACUCCCACUGGUAUUACUGAUCAUAUUGCCCAAGGACCUGAUCCCAACCUUGAAGAAAAGCCCAAAAGAAAAAACAUUACCUAUGAGGAAUUAAGGAAUAAGAACAGAGAGUCAUAUGAAUUAACUUUAGCCCAAAAGACUGACCCCUCUGUCAGGCCUAUGCAGGACAGAGUGCCAAAGAAAGAAGUCAAAGUAAACAAAUAUGGAGAUACUUGGGAUGAGUGAAAAAUGACACCCUUGGACCUACUGAAGGCGUCUCAGUAUCCAGCUUCAUCUGGGAGGUCAUGACCACCUGCAUGCUUUGAGCUCAGCAGCAGUCUUCAUAAACACACAUGAAAACCAAAUCCAGGGUCUGUGUGGUUUGACUUAACUGUUUUAGAAACCAUUGUGUGAAUGUACUCACCUUGGGGAACCUUUUGAAUGUGGUGUUAACACCAUAAUUGCUGAAAGGUACUUCACAAAGUUUGUGGGAAAUGUGUAUCUGAAAAAACUGCAUGGAUUUCAAAUAUUCUUCUGUACUAAAAUAAGCUAACCUGGAAUUCAUUUUCCAUGAACUUUCUGAGGUUCCUCUGCAUACAGUUGUGCAAGCGUUUUGAGUUACAGGGCAGUGAUGCUCUUAAACAAUCAAGAGACUGUCUUGCUCUAGAAUCAGCGUAUCCGAAAAUAAACCUCUGCAUGUUGAAUUGGGGGUGGGGGUGGGCGUAAAGCUUUACAUUGAAUACUUAAAGUGUUUCUGCAGUAUUUCCCAUAUUAUCUUUAUGAUAAAUAAAAUGUAAAAGAACAUGUAAUA